UUGUGUUAAAGUGUAUGGUAUGCCGCUGUAUAUACGUUUGACCACAAAACGUUUGAGCCAUUAAGUAACAAGUGCUAACUUUUGUGAUACCUCAAACUGAGCUCGAGCACUUUACUCGUAAUGUCGCCGAAGUGGUUAAACCUCCCGCUAGCUUGUUUUUGAGGGGUUUGUAUGCCAUGAGAUUGGGAGGAGGCGGAGGAAGUUGCACAGCAAAAUGGUUUAAAGAACGGCAAAUGGCACAAUGCCCGCCACAGGGACGGGUGACUUAUAAGAGGGCACAAUUAGGCGAACGGGAGUUAGGAGGUGUGGCAAUGCCGGAGAAGUCGCGUGGCAGCAUUAGCCCAUAAGUCAGGCGCCUGCACCAAAAGCAAAGCAACACAACAACAAAACGUAAUUCAAUGCCCACGACGUCGUCGUCGACGUCGGAGCCCGAGGCGCGCUCUCUAUGAAAAUUGGCUACGUGGAGGACUUUAGAGUGGACAAGCACAUGAAACACAAUUCAAAAACACUUCGACCGGCAAAGUUGCCAGACGGAAUUUCUUCUGCAGUGUGCACAACACGGCCAAGAGCUGUCUCAAGGAAGUCCAGCCUGAAAGUUGCGCACUUUGUUUUGAUAACUUUCUUGUAAGAUAUUUUAAUAAACUUUUGCUUGACUUCAUUAAACCCGAUUCAAGUAAAUAUGUGUGGUUGCCUGCGCGCCGCCUGUUUGCCCCCAAUAAGUUGAAACAAUCGCGCCUGAUUGAUAGGCAAUUAGAGCAAACGGACGCAACGGAAGCUGCCGAAGCCGAAGAGUCAACAACCCUUUGCACAUUAACAGCCAACUUUAUCCCAGAGGUCUGUAACGAAAGUGUCAUUAAGCUAAUUGCCGCAAAAAAUAGUGCAGAGGACAACGAACAACCUCAGCCGCAAAUGGAAGCAAAGAAGUGCAACGUGUUGCAAUAAAAAUAAUUUACAUAAGCCAGGACCAGCUACAAUUGUGUAUUGGGAUACAAUAACAGAAAAAUGUAACUGGCAACCAGAACCUCACAGAACACGAGACUCACGUCGACUACGGGUAAUCAAAAUCUUAUACGUGAACUAAUCGAGUAGAAGUAGCUCCUUUGAGUCGUUUUGAGUCGACGCGACAUAGACGCUACCGUGGCGACUUUUGACCACAACAACGGAGUCACGCAAGGCAACGUCACGCUGAGAUUUGUGUCACACCAGAGAAAGAUAUAGAGAGAGCGAAGGAAACGGAGACGGAGAGAGACAGAGAGCCAAGGAAAGCAAAGAGAGCUCUGGCUAAACGGAUAAUGUCCAACGAAGAGAACGACUACGUAGACGCUGUUGCUGGGGCUGGUGCUGGUACAGGUGCUGGUGCUGGUGCUGGUGCUAAUGUUGGUCAUGGAGAUGGUGAUGGCGAAGGCGAUGGUGAUGGCGACGGUGGCCUCGCAGCUGUUAAUGGCGAGCCCAUUCUAGGUGGCCAAACAAUGGCUCAAAUUAGUUCGAACUCACAACUCGAAGGAAACGUUUCGCCGACAUUCACUCAGACGACAGGCCAGUUUGAUGAUAACGAUAACCACGUGAAAACCAACAACUCACGACUGGGCCGAAACACCGAUAGUAACUGCAAUAGUCCUUCUAAGAGCCCCACCAGCCGACGUGCCGGCAGCUCAACAAGCUUUCAAAUACAUCUUCAAAAUGCCCAAUACAACGAGGAUGAUGACUUAGCAGGUGGGGACUUGCAGGGUAAUAGCAGUGCAGCUCCGACUGUUGGUGGAGGUGGAGCUGCAGUCCGUGCCGCUGGCGGUGGCUCCUCGCACGACUAUUGGUCCCAACGUAACGGUAGAGCCAGCGGACCAGCUGUAGGUUCGGGUGCAGGCCCAGGCGCACAGAGCGGCAACCAAAGUCGUACGCUUAGUCCCAGCUAUUUGGAUAACAUGAGCGAGAAUUCGGAGCAACCGCCAGUCGUGCCGCUUGUACGCUCAAAAUCGAGGCCAGAAAUCUCUAGUGCUGCGGCCUCCCGUUACUCGAAUCUUUCAUAUUGGAAGGCUCGUCGCGUUGUGUUCUAUCGCAAUGGUGACCCCUUCUUUCCGGGCGUUGAGCUGCGCUACCGUCCCGGCCGAGAUGUUACCUCGCUGGACAAUCUGCUCGACAAGAUCUCUCCCAAAAUGGAUUUGCCGCGUGGUGCACGCUACGUCUUCUCCAUGGAUGGCGACCGAAAAUACCACCUCGAUGAGCUGGAGGACGGUGCAUUCUAUGUGGUCUCCUCAUUCAAGGCCUUCAAGCCCGCCAGCUACGGUAAAAAGAACGGCAUGUGGUACGCUUCGCCCGGAAAUCAGGGCUGGGGCUCCAAGCCCGCCAGCCGAAAGCCCUCAAUAAUGGAAGCGGAUUUGGGCACAUUAUCGACCACAUCGGGCUCGAUAAAGCGCAGUGCAGGCCGGGUGAUACGCAUCAUCAAUAAUUUGGAUCAUUCCGUUCAGUGCCGUGUUUUACUUAACCUACGCACCUCGCAACCGUUUGAGGAAGUGCUCGAGGAUUUGGGUCAAGUGCUGAAAAUUAACGGAGCUAAAAAAAUGUACACAGGUACUGGGCAGGAGGUUCGCAGUUUCUCGCAGCUACGCAAUGAGUUCGCCGACGUAGACACAUUCUAUUUGGCCACUGGGACGGCCUUGAUUGCUGGCUCGCCCAUUCGACGUUCGCGUUCACGUCCUUCGGUGGUAGCUGCCGCUCCCAUACUCUCCACGGAGGAACUGCCCAAGGUGCCAUUGCGUGGCACGCGACCUCGGAGCAAGAGCCGGCCGCGUAUUCUCUAUGCUCCAGAGAGUGAGAUACUUAGACCGAAUGGAGAGUACACCAUGCUGGACAUCAUGAAAGAGGAGCCCACAAAAGUGACCAUACGGGGCUUAAGGCGUACCUUCUAUCCCCCUGUGCAUCAUGCACCGGCUGAAAAUUCGCCCCCAGACAAAAAACUGCAACUCCAGUGGGUACACGGCUAUAGAGGAAUCGAUGCACGGCGCAACCUCUGGGUACUGCCGAGCGGAGAGCUACUCUACUAUGUAGCUGCUGUGGCCGUACUAUUCGAUCGCGACGAGGAUGCACAGCGCCACUACAUAGGUCAUACGGAGGAUAUCAUGUGCAUGGAUGUGCAUCCGUCUCGUGAAUUGGUGGCGUCGGGUCAGAAGGCUGGACGCGAUCGUAAAUCACAGGCGCAUGUCCGUAUUUGGAGUACCGAGUCACUGCAGACACUCUACGUCUUUGGCAUGGGCGAAUUGGAUACAGGAGUUACCGCAGUAGCUUUCUCCCAAUUGAAUGGCGGAAGUUAUAUCCUGGCCGUGGACAGCGGACGCGAGAGCAUCUUAUCCGUUUGGCAGUGGCAAUGGGGCCACCUGUUGGGCAAAGUGGCUACUUUGCAGGAAGGCCUGUCGGGCGCUGCAUUCCAUCCUCUGGAUGAUAAUCUUAUCAUCACUCAUGGUCGUGGUCAUUUAGCCUUCUGGCAUCGGCGUAAAGAUGGUUUCUUUGAACGCACGGAUAUUGUGAAGCAGCCGUCGCGCUCUCACGUUACCAGCGUACAAUUCGAGCCGGAUGGCGAUGUGAUUACCGCCGAUUCCGACGGUUUCAUUACCAUAUACUCCGUGGACUCUGAUGGCGCAUACUUUGUGCGCACCGAGUUUGAGGCCCACAAUAAGGGCAUAGGCUGCCUUAUUAUGCUGGGGGAAGGCACUCUGUUGUCGGGCGGCGAAAAGGAUCGCAAAAUUGCCGCUUGGGACUCGCUGCAAAAUUAUAAGAAAAUUGCAGACACAAAGGUAGGAAGUGUCCUCUAUAAUCGUAAGAAACAUAUAUAUACAUUAAUCGAUGUGAUGCCUCAGCUACCCGAAGCGGCCGGUGGCGUGCGGACAAUUUAUCCACAGAGACCAGGUCGAAAUGAUGGUAACAUCUACGUGGGGACGACAAGAAAUAACAUCUUGGAGGGCUCGCUGCAACGGCGCUUCACACAGGUUGUCUUCGGCCACGGCAGACAGCUGUGGGGCCUCGCCGCCCAUCCCGAGGACGAACUUUAUGCCACGGCCGGCCAUGACAAACACGUGGCACUGUGGCGCAAGAACAAGCUCAUUUGGACCAUACAAACGGGCUACGAGUGCGUGGCACUGGCCUUCCAUCCGUUUGGCACGGCAUUAGCUGCUGGCAGCACCGAAGGCCACCUGCUGGUCAUCAACUGUGACAACGGAGCAGUUAUGUUAACACUUCGUGUAUGUGGCUCACCUUUGAACUGCGUAUCAUUUAAUCAGGUUGGUGAUAUGAUUGCAAUGGGCUCGCAAAAUGGCAGCAUUUACCUUUUCCGUGUCUCGCGCGAUGGUUUUUCCUACAAGAAAGUCAACAAGAUACGCGGCUCUCAGCCGCUUACGCAUCUGGAUUGGAGCAUGGACGGAAACUUUGUGCAGACAGUGACCAUUGACUUUGACCUCUUGUUUUGGGACGCAAAGUCUCUCUCUCCGGAGCGCAGUCCCAUUGCCAUGAAAGACGUUAAAUGGCUGAGCAACAACUGCACAGUGGGCUUCUUGGUGGCUGGCCAAUGGAGUAAUCGCUACUACAGCAAUGCAAACACUAUCAUAGCCACCUGCAGUCGCUCUGCGGCACACGAUAUGCUCGCAUCAGGUGAUGCAGACGGAUAUCUACGUUUGUUCAGAUAUCCGUGCAUCUCAUCGCGCGCCGAGUUCCACGAGUCCAAGGUUUACUCCGGCAUGUUGGCCUGUGUGCGCUUCUUGUGCGGGGAUCAUACGCUCAUCACUGUGGGGGGAACAGACGCUUCACUCAUGGUAUGGGACAUUGUUGAGGAAUAGCUGAAAUGGCCACCGUGGCGCUCUGCUGCACAACACGAAUCGCGGUAUCAGGACUACUGGCAUCGACGCAUCUCGGAAGUGUCCUCGACGUUUCUGGACAGUGACUCCGUCGACUAUCAGUAGCAUGAAUUGAGAUUGUGCAGAUUCGCUUGCUUUUUAAUACGAAAGAUAACAAUUGGUCAGUAUCCCAUUGGCUUACUAUAUUAGAUAAAUCGAAUAUUGAAUAACGAGAAAAUAAGAAAACAAAAACCAUAUUUACGUUUCCAAGGCAACUUAAACUAAAUUUUAGAUCGAAAAUUAUGAUCCAUUGAUUAUUAUAUGGGGUUUCUCCUAUGGGCAGUUCCAAUGCACCCUAAAUUUGGCUUCCACUACAAAAUCUUCCUUUGAGAUAGCUUCCCACAUUUGUCCUCCGUUUACAAAUAUCUUUUAUUGAUCUUAUGUUCGAAACUUGAAACAGACUUAAACGCCACUGGUGGAUAUUGUAACUAUACUAUAUGAACUCAUCUAUAUCUAUUACGAUAUUUGUAUCUCCUAUGCAGACCUACGACAUAUCAUCAUCAGAUUUUUCUCUCAUUACUAUAACAUCUUUUUUUAAAGAAACGCUGUAACAGACAGGACCUUGGAUACCCACACAACACACACACAUAAUGAAAACUAAGUGCACUUAAACAUAUAUUGAAUGAAAAGAUUACUUAUAAAUAAUUAUAUUCAAUAUAUAUUGUUAAUGCAAAUUUUGAAUAUAAGCGUUGAAAUAAAUAUACCGUUUUACCAG